AUGACAGCGGUUCCAGAUGUGCCAGCAGCAAUGGUGAACAACCAGUUCUUUGAUGAGUUCACAGACAAGGUGCGGGUGAAGCCGAUUCCGUGGGAGGGCUACUCGCGUGCCGGGCUCAUCAGCAGCGUGGAGCUGGGGCAGCUGAGGGAGUUCCAGCAGAAACAGCAGGAAGGGAAGGAGGUGGGUGGGUACGCGGGGCUUCUUUUGGAGCUGGCCGACCGGCUGUCGAGCAUUGACGCGCAGCAGUACCUUUUGGUGAGCCUGGACGACCUGGUGGACAGCAGCGGGGCGGAGCUGGCGGAGCUGGCAAAGUCUGGGGAGCUGGCGCGGGUGCUGUUCCGGAGCAUGGAGAAAAAGGACGACUACCUGGGAUUGAAGGCGGGCAAGAUCCUGGUCGGCGUGCUGGCAGGGGCGCCGGGGCUGCAGCGCGGGUUCCGGUACGGGCGGCUGUACGAGUACCUGUCCGGGUGCAUGCGCAGCGAGCUGACGUCGGUUGCGGACGUGGCGAUCCAGAUCCUGCAGUCGGCGCUGCGGGAGCGGCGGGCGCGGACGGUUCUGUUCCACGAGUCGUCUGGGUGCUCUGUGGGGCAGCGCAGCGCCAAGGGCGUGGUGGCGGUGCCGCAGACACAGUACGAGGGAGGGCUGGACAAGCAGUACGACGUGAUCCCGGCGAUGGUGGAGAUUGCGCGCAGUGCGGUCAAGGAGAAGGUGAUCCGGAUCAUCGUGGCGACAUGGCGCAAUAUGCUGGGGCUGGCGGCGGCAGCCAAUGUGCCGGCGAUGCUGGUGGCCAAGGCGGGCCGCAACUUCAAGGACGCGGAUCUGAAGGAGGAUUUGCGGGAGCUGGCGGAGGAGCUGGCGGGCCAUGCGGGCGGGAUGACGACAUGGGACGAGUACGUCAAUGAGGUCAAGUCGGGGCGGCUGGAGUGGAGCCCGGCGCACCGGUCGGAGCAGUUCUGGAAGCUGCACGUGCGCAGGAUGGACGAGGACGACCACCGCGUGGUGCGCGACCUGGCGCGCGUGCUGGAGGCGGGCACGGGCGAGACGGCGCUGGCGGUGGCCUGCCACGACCUGGCGCAGUACAUCAAGUUCAACCCCGACGGCAAGCGCCUGCUGGCGCGGAUCGGGGCCAAGGCGCACGUGAUGGCGCUGAUGACGAGCGAGCACAAGGAGGUGCGGUACGAGGCUCUGCUCUGUGUGCAGCAGCUCAUGCUGAACGCCUGGCAGAAUUAG